CUGAGCUGACAGUAGGCCGGCGACGUCACAGUGGGCCGGUUGAGCCUUCCUUCGUUCGAUUCAGGCAGGCUCUCUAUUCAUUUUACAUGUAGCAAGCAGGGUUGCGGGGUGCAGUUCAGACAUGGGAAGUGAGCAUUACUGCCUGAGGUGGAACAAUCAUCAGAGCAACCUGCUGGGUGUGUUCAGUCAACUGCUGGAGUCGGAGUCGCUGGUGGACGUGACACUGGCGUGCACGGAGGGACCAUCGAUACGUGCCCACAAGGUAGUCCUCUCCGCGUGCUCCAGCUACUUCCAGGCUCUGUUCCUGGACCACCCGAACCGCCACCCCAUAGUCAUCCUAAAGGACGUACGUUUCGCCGAGCUACGUACCCUCGUCGACUUCAUGUACAAGGGCGAGGUAAACGUCGAGUACUGCCAGCUAUCGGCUCUCCUUAAGACAGCGGAGAGCCUUAAGGUGAAGGGUCUAGCGGAUAUGACGAACAUCAACGCGGCGGUAGCGUCGAGGGACGAGCAGCAACAGCCACAGCAACAGCAGCAGCAGCAACAGCAGCAACAGCAGCACCAGCAGCAGCAACAGCAGCAGCAGCAGCAACAGCAGUCGCAACAGCAGCACACGAGCGCGUCCGAGGGUCUGCAGCGGGAGACGUCGCGGGAGCAUCACCGGGAACGCGAGAGCAUAAAGGAGGCGAGCAACAAGGAUAGGGACCGGGAAGGGAGCGCGUCCGUGGUCGGUGCGGCGGUGCUGUCGGGUGUCGGCAAAGAAUGCGACCAAACGCAACAGAACGUCGCGCAACCGGCCACCAGCGAGCCUGCCGACGCGAUAGACAUGACCGAGUGUCCGCCGUCGCCAGCUGGACCUGGUAGCCCCUGCUCCGGGCCCCUGGCCCUCGAUCGACCCAGGAGGGACUCCGAAGACGCUGUCAGCCUCGAGGAGACGAGGGGUUCCCUCAGCCCGAUCUCGGUGCACAGCGGACCGUCGGACAUGAGUCUAAGUAACAACACAAGCGGCACGCCCGGCGUGCUGCCGUUGAACUUACCACAAAGCCGGCUUCCGUCACCGCACAGUACAGAACCUCUCGCGGGUCCGUCGGGGUUACCUCCAGUUCAACAAGUUCCACUCUCGUUAAAAAAAGAGAUGGACUGGGAAAAGUCGACCGAGGAGCGGAGUGCGAGCAGCGAAAUAUCCACAGACUACAGACUCCCACCAGAUCCGGUGUCGCUGGCCCUCGGUCUGGAGGCGGGUGGUUGGGGCGCCUUGGUGGAGCGGUCGGGCGCCAGCGGCGGAUGCGGUUCCCUGUUACGUCACGGCGGUUUCGCCGGUUUGGCGGGGCUGGCGCGUCGCUGCGGCGUCUGUUUGGCGACGUUUCCUUCCGCUUGGCUGCUGGAACGGCACGCGUUACUGCAGCACGCAGGCCAGGCGAGCGACGACAAGCCGUUCACCUGCGAGCAAUGCGGCCAGCGUUACCGCUACCGUUCCGCGUACGAGAAACACCGGGAGCAGAACCACCGCGCCCGCUUGCCGGCCGACAAGCUGUUCACCUGCGACGUCUGCGGCAUGCAGUUCAGGUAUUUGAAGUCGUUCAAGAAGCACCGGCUGAACCACGCGCUGGAGCGGUUGCAACGCGCGCCGGAGCCGCAGAGCAGCGCGAUGGCGGUCUCUGCGGCGGCGGAGCGGAGCGACCAGGUCUCCAGCACCGGCGAGCCCUCGCAAGUCGAGACCGGCAGCGACACCACGACCAACCCCGGCGAGGAGGAGACCAGGGCGACAUUCGCGGAGAACACCCGGGAGGAGAGCGUCUCGGAGACGGCGAGCGUGCAGGAGAAUCCCGGCGAGGCGGUCGAGGUGCAGAUGUCGGAGGCGCCGGUCUUGAACGAGAGGGGUUCGGCGGACGGUGGUAGCGCGAGCGAGGUCGGCGACGUCGACGACGACCGGCCGGAGCCGACCGAGGCGGUGAUCAGCCUGGCGAGGAGCAGCCACGAGGUCGACAGGCGCGAGCGACGAUUCGCCUGCCCGUUCUGCGGUAAGUGCGUCCGCUCCAAAGAGAACCUGAAGCUCCACGUUCGCAAGCACACCGGCGAACGGCCGUUCGUUUGCCUGUUCUGCGGCCGCGCGUUCGGCGGCAAGAGCGACCUCACCAGGCACCUACGCAUACACACCGGCGAGAGGCCCUACCACUGCGAGAUGUGCGGCAAGUGUUUCGCCAGGGCGGACUACCUCUCCAAACACCUGACCACGCACAUACACCAGCGCUGAAAACGGUUCGGGGCUCGGUUCCGUGACAUUCUUGGUAAUUCUUGAUGCGUCUUCUAAUCGGCGAUGUCCGGCUCUCUAUCGUCGGAUCCAUUGUAUCAUCGAUCGGUAUCGUCCGACGGGCGGAACGUCGCGACGAAGAAGAAGGCCGACGGCGCCGCGUUGCGACCGACCACGACACCCACGGCUCGACUAGAUUUUGUAUUCCCGUGAUUUCCAGGUUCGCGCAAGGAAAUCGUAAUAGAACUGUGACGCGUCGUUCCGCAACGCGGCCGCGUCGGGCAACGGCCGAGACGAUCCCGACACGCGAACAACGAAUCGUUUGUUUUUGUUUCUUUUUUCGCGAGCGUUACGCGCUUUCGAAACGAACGUUGCGACGAUACCGACGAGAUUACCGGCGAGACAUCGCUGAUUUGUAUACAAGAUCGUUUCAUUUAAGACGCACCAAUCGAGAACGUCCAAGAACGUGGGGGUGGUUUUCGGGGACCGGCCCUCGUCCGAGCUCGCGCGCGAAACGCUCGCUCGCUCGCUCGCUCGCGCGAUCUAAGGUUCAGAGGACCCUGGGGAUUUUCUUUCGCAGUCGGAUCAGAGACGGAAAACGUUGCGCGAGCUUCCGUCGAAAACCACCCCUCGGAGGUCGUCGAACUCGGAACAUUUCCGCGCGUGCUUCCCUCUCGGCGUCGGGGCGCGACGCGAGAGGCGGAGGACGCAGCGCGAACUGCGAAGAGAAAGACGAGAACCGCGUAUCCAUCCAGCCGUUAGCCCAGCGAAGACGAGUCAAUUACGGUGAAAGAAGGAAACGAAGUAAUCGUCAGCGGCGAGGACGACGAGGACGACGAGGACGACGACGAAGACGACGACGAAGACGACAACGAAGACGACGAGGACGGUGAUAGGUGGCUUGGCUUUCGCCCGGCAUCGAAACUGCGAGGGUCUCGCGUUACCACGAACACACCUGCUCGCGAGAAGCAAGGAGAAGACGGAGGGAAUCGCAUGAAGACGACGGGAGGAAGACGCGAAUAGGGGGAGUCAAGGUUUCUACGUAACGUUAACGUAACUAACUUGUGAUAAGAGAGGAGCCGAAGCCAAAGAGAGCACAGACAAACGUCGACCGUCAACCGGUUCCAUUAUUAUUUCGGUUAUGGUUGUUGUUGUUGUUGCUGUUUGUCAUUUCCGUGUUCCGCGAGGAAUCGACGACCGACGUGGCCCGUAGUAACGUGCCAGCUAUUUUGCGUACUCGACGCGAUUUGUAUAUUGUGUGCAACAACGAUCAUUUCACUUGUACUCCAUUGCAGGACUAGCGCAUCCGUCCCGCCCCCUUUGCCCCCGAGGAAGUCGCCGGUCUUCGGCGCCGCGGGACAACGCUCGGCCGUUCCCCGGGAACGGUUUCCUUUUAUCGCGAUACCUUCGCAUCGAUUUAACGUCCGCGUAUCGCGUCACGCGAUGAUAAGCCACGGUUAUUGAUCUCGGCCGGAGGAAUUCUGCGGGGAUUGUUAGUUUGACGGACGUUCGAGCCGUCGUUCCUUUGACGCCGCGGAACGCCCGCGGCGAUUACGGCUUUUGCGGUUGCUCGCCGGCCCUCGGGAAGAGUCUAAGACAUUUUUAGGCGAAUUUUCGUCGAGCCACUGCGACGAGCUGUUCUCGUUUCGUUCGGAUGGAAGUUGCUGUUUUUCUUUUUUUGUUUUGCAUUGUUUUCUGUUACAAUGGUCUGCGAAGCGGGAACGAGGUUAUUUCUCCCGAAUUCGCGCUAUUGUGCGAUUGUGAGUUAAAUUGUGCACGAAAGUGGACAAUUCGGGGAGAGCUGAUGCGAUUAGUCGAGC